CUAGUCCAUUCAAAGUUCAGACAUGUCUGAGUCUGACUUCACUUAAAAAGAGCUCCUCCAGUUCUUGGCUUGGUUGAGUGACGAAACAAUGGCGAAUUUCACACUUCGAACAGAAAACUGGUGCUGUUUCUCUCACCAGAGAAAUUCCUGGAACCCCAUCUCAAAUGCUUCUCUCAGACACCGCCAGUUACAUAUCUUCUCCUCAAAGCGGUUCCUUAGGUUCAGAAUCUCUUCCAGUAUCAAAGAAAAAGGAGAUGUUGCGGAAACGGAGAAGACAAGAGCUAUCAACGGCCUACGGCGAGUUGCCAAGGAACCGGAGACGACGGUUCCAGUUUCAGUUUCAGAAGACCACUCGGGCUCUGAAGGGAGCUCUAGUGUGGAAGGGUUUGAUUGGAAUUGGCCACCUUGGAAGCAUCUCCCCCAUCGGUAUAAGCUCAUCGGCACUACGUCACUCGCUUUUGUUGUUUGUAAUAUGGACAAGGUGAAUUUGAGUGUUGCUAUAAUACCGAUGUCGCACCAGUUUGGGUGGACUUCAUCGAUGGCUGGGUUGGUUCAAUCGUCUUUCUUUUGGGGUUAUGCUUUAAGUCAAUUGCCUGGUGGAUGGCUCGCAAAGAUUUUUGGUGGAAGAAAAAUUCUUGAGGUUGGUGUCUUCAGUUGGUCUGUGGCCACAAUACUUGUUCCUUUGGUAUCAGGAUUCCUGCCUGGACUUGUUUUUUCAAGGAUUUUGGUUGGCAUAGGAGAGGGCGUUUCCCCUUCAGCUGCAACUGACCUUAUUGCCAGGUUUAUACCAUCGGCAGAGCGGUCACGGGCAGUAUCAUUUGUUUUUGGUGGCUUGAGUGUAGGAAGUGUUCUGGGGCUUCUCUUGGCUCCUCCUCUUAUCCAAAAUUUUGGCUGGGAAUCUGUUUUUUACAUGUUUGGCUUUCUUGGAAUAGCUUGGUGUUCGGGAUUUCAGUUUGUUAAAGAAGAACAAUCUUCCUUUACUGGUGAAUACACAUCACGAAAUUUCCAGAGUACUGCUAACAGUCCUUUGACAUAUUUCUCUGGGGAAAAGUCAUUGAGUGCCUCCAUGAAAGAGUUGGGUGUUUCAGUGAAGGAAGUACCAUGGAAGGAAUUUUUCCAAAGUCCUGCUGUAUGGGCAAUGAUAUAUGCUCAUUUUUGUGGGAGUUGGGGCCAUUAUACUUGUCUAUCAUGGCUCCCUACUUAUUUUAGUGAGGAGCUGGACCUAAACUUGACUGAAGCUGCAUGGGUAUCUGUUCUUCCACCUUUGGCUUCUAUUAUUGUCACUAGUGUUGCAUCACAAUUUGCUGACAACUUAAUUGCCAGUGGAGUUGAAACCACAACGGUGCGAAAGAUUUGCCAAACAGUUGCCUUUUUGUCUCCUGCAGUUUGCAUGACUCUUUCCUCUUUGAAUCUAGGAUUGCCGCCUUGGGAAGUGGUGACAAUUCUCACUGGUGGCUUAGCCCUAUCCAGCUUUGCUUUGUCAGGGCUUUAUUGUACUCAUCAGGAUAUUUCUCCUGAAUAUGCAAGCAUACUUUUGGGUAUUACCAACACUGUUGGGGCGGUGCCUGGAAUUGUUGGUGUUGCUCUCACAGGCUACCUUCUUGAUUCAACACACUCAUGGAGUAUAUCAUUGUUUGCACCAUCAAUCUUCUUCUACUUGACGGGUACAAUUGUAUGGUUAGCGUUUGCAAGCAGUAAGCCUCAAAGCUUUUCAAAGAGGGACUGAUCCUAUGUCUAUCUGCGGAUUCACUAAUCCUGUAAUGAACCACUGAAGUUGGAGUUUAGUUCACUCUAUGGUAUUGCUAAAUUCGUUUCUUUUACAGAACUGUUGGCAAUGGAUAUCAUCCACUUAGAGGAUCGUACUGUUGCAGAUCUAAUACAGAGAAAGAAAAAAAAAGGAAAAUCUGUAUAUACUCAAAUGUAGUUCAUUGAACAUAAUGUAUGAGCAUGUUAGAUUUUUUGUA